ACACCAAGAGUCGCUACUGUAAAUAUUUCUUCCUCACAAUGUUUUCCUCCCCAGUUAAGUUCUUCUCAAAGGCAACAUUUUCUCGAGUGUUAAUUGUGUUGUUUGUUUUGUUUUGAUAGAACGUGUCCCUAUUUCCCUAUUCUACAACUAUGAACUAUAAUUGACUCCUGCACCUGGUUCCGGACGAACGCUUGUUGGAGCAUCUUCAACAUCUGUUGGUGUAUUAGUCGGGAUCGUGGCUUUCACAAGGGUUGAGCUUGAACAUCCCUGCACCAACUGGUCAAAGCGAUGUGGGGUCCGACUUGCCUUCUGCUCCUCCUCCUCAUCGGCCUGUGCCGACAAGCCCAGGCCCAGUGGUCCGAGCCCAUGUUUCAGGUCGUGACAGAGACCAUGCUUCCUCACGACAGCCUGCACAACCCCACGCAGCUCAACUAUGGCAUGGCAGUAACGGACGUGGACGGAGAUGGAGACCUGGAAGUGGUCGUGGCAGGAUUCAAUGGGCCCAACCUGGUGCUGAAGUAUGACCGCAGCCAGGGGAAGCUGCAGAACAUUGCUAUUGAUGACAGCAACUCUCCGUAUUACGCUCUGAGAGAUGUGGCGGGAAACGCCAUCGGAGUGACAGCGUGCGAUGUGGAUGGAGACGGGCGAGAGGAGAUCUACUUCCUCAACACCAACAACGCCUACUCUGGAAAGGCGUCGUACUCGGACAAGCUGUUCAAGUUCCGCAAUGGUCGAUUUGAGGAUCUGCUCAGCGAUGAGCUGAAUGUGCGACGCGGUGUUGCUAACCGCAUGGCGGGACGCUCAGUGGCCUGUGUGGACCGGAAGGGAACGGGCCGCUACUCUGUCUACGUGGCCAACUAUGCCCGCAGAGACGUGGGACCUCACGCACUCCUGGAAAUGGACGAGUCUGCCAGUGACGUGACCAGAGGUGUCAUCGCUCUUUCCAAUGUCGCCGCUGCAGCAGGCGUCAACAAGCUCACAGGAGGUCGCGGCGUCGUGGUGGGACCCAUCCUCAGUCAGAGCCGCUCCGACGUCUUCUGCGAUAAUGAAAACGGACCCAACUUCCUGUUUAUUAACAAAGGAGACGGAAGCUUUGGCGAUGUGGCCAAUAAAGCAGGUGUGGAGGACAGGUACCAGCACGGCAGAGGCGUCGCCCUGACUGACUUCAACGGUGACGGUAAAACCGAUAUUGUUUACGGAAACUGGAACGGCCCCCACAGACUUUUCCUGCAGAGCGGCGAUGAAAAGUUCAGGAACAUUGCCACUGGAGCGUUUGCCACGCCGUCGCCGAUCCGCACGGUCAUCGCCGCUGACUUUGAUAACGACAAGGAGCUGGAGGUUUUCUUCAACAACAUCGCGUACAUGGGACACGCCCCCAACUCGCUCUUCAGGGUGUCAAGAGUUGCUAACGCUGACCCUGCCAUCCAGCAGCUGAAUGUGGGUGAUGCUGCGGAGCCACAAGGAAGAGGAACAGGCGGAACAGUGACGGACCUGGACGGAGACGGACGUCUUGAGCUGCUGCUUGCUCACGGCGAAAGUGCCCAGCAGCCAAUCUCUGUCUUCAGAGUCGCUCAGGGCUCGACCAACAACUGGCUGCGGGUCAUUCCUCGGACGCAGUUCGGUGCGUUUGCCCGUGGUGCCAAGGUGACGGCGUUCACCAGCCAGAGCGGGCGACACACACGGAUCAUUGACGGCGGCUCUGGCUACCUGUGCGAGAUGGAACCUGUGGCCCACUUUGGCUUAGGGAACGACCGAGUGAUGGUCCUGGAAGUCUCCUGGCCUGAUGAGACCGUCUUCACCCGCUCUGUUCUGCCCACUGAGAUGAACAGCGUGGUGGAGAUCGGAUACCCGACAGAGGGCGCUGUGCUUUCCAAUGACACGCAGUGUGGAGAAGGUUUUACAGUCAAGGGUGGCCGCUGUGCAGAUGUCUGAGGAUGCAUGCCGUGCAAAGGAUGUGGGACUGGCUUUAACUCCACUCCUGUUUGGCCUUUUCUUUUUUAACGUUGCUCUGUGAGUAGCCUGAAACCUUUUUUUUUUUUUUUUUAUAACCACUUUUAGUUGCUUUUUAUUUCCAGUUUUGAAUAAAUCCCUUUUUUCUGGUUUUCUGUUGGCAUUUUUUUGUAUUUAUUAAACCAUGAAGAAGUUAAA